UCUACUGGGAAAGUUCUCUCCCAGCCUUUCACGAGGCCUGCUGCCGCUGUGAAGAGACUGCUGUUUCCUAGGAUCCCUUCCACUUUCUCCAAACUUUCUCGGUGGUUAGAUCCUUUUGCAGACUCCUCGCACUGACUUUGCAAGAUUUCUGGGCACAGGUGCUUUAUUCCUGAAAAUGAUAUUUGACAUGGCAAUACCUCCUGAAGUGGUGACCACUUCUCUCAUAAUUUUGGUGAUGGUUUUUAUUUUUGUGAGAGCACUCGGGAGUCAGGGGAGAAAGCAGGUGUCUCCUCCUGGCCCAUGGUCCUUUCCCCUCAUAGGAAAUCUUCUUCAGCUUGGAGACCAUCCUUACCUUACAUUCAUAGAGAUGAGGAAGAAAUAUGGAGAUGUUUUUCUCAUCAAACUUGGCAUGGUGCCUGUGGUGGUGGUGAAUGGAAUGGAAAUGGUGAAGCAAGUACUACUCAAGAAUGGAGAGUCUUUUGCAGGCAGACCUAACAUGCACACAUUUUCUUUCUUAGCGGAAGGAAAGAGUCUUUCAUUUUCUGUCAAUUAUGGUGAGAGUUGGAAGCUUCAUAAGAAAAUAGCCUCUAAUGCUUUACGGACUUUCUCUAAAGCAGAAGCAAAAUCCUCUACCUGCUCUUGCUUACUUGAGGAACAUGUCAUCAAGGAAGCUGCUGAGCUGGUUGAAGUCUUUGCAGAGUUGACUUCUAAGAAUGGCAGCUUUGAUCCCAGAAAUGCCGUCAUGUGUGCAGUAGCCAACAUUGUCUGUGCCCUUUGCUUUGGCAAGAGAUAUGACCAUGGCGACGAGGAGUUUCUUAGGAUACUUAAAACUAAUGAUGAUUUACUCAAGGCCUCCAGUGCUGCUAAUCCUGCCGAUUUCAUACCAUGUUUUCGAUACCUUCCACUGAAGAUUGUAAAUGCUCCUCGAGAGUUUUAUCAGGCCUUCAAUCAGUUUGUUGCACGACAUGUACAAGAUCAUCUUGCUACUUAUGAUAAGGACCAUACGAGAGACAUUACUGAUGCUCUGAUUAGUACAUGCCACAACAAAUCUGCCACUACUAAAAUGGCCACUUUAAAUGAUGAUGAAAUCAUAAGCACUGUGAAUGACCUCUUCGGAGCUGGUUUUGAAAGUGUAUCAACUUGUUUGCAUUGGAGCUUUCUUUAUUUGAUAUACUAUCCAGAAAUUCAAACCAGAAUUCAAGAAGAAAUUGAUGCAAACAUUGGGCUUAAAUCACCCAGAUUUGAAGACAGGAAAAGUUUACCCUACACAGAAGCUUUCAUAAAUGAAAUAUUCAGACAUGCCUCCUUCGUCCCUUUUACUAUUCCACAUUGCACCACAGAAGACACUACCCUGAAUGGUUAUUUCAUUCCCAGGAAAACGUGCACCUUUAUUAACAUGUAUCAAGUAAAUCAUGAUGAAACUAUCUGGGAUAAUCCUAGUUUAUUUAGUCCUGAGAGAUUCCUAAAUGAAAACAAGGAACUGAAUAAAAGUCUUGUUGACAAGGUUCUGAUAUUUGGAAUGGGAAUCCGGAAGUGUCUCGGAGAAGACGUUGCAAGAAAUGAGAUAUUCAUUUUCAUCGUCACAGUUCUGCAACAGCUCAAGCUGAAAAAAUGCCCUGGCGCUGAGCUGGACCUGAAGCCCAUAUAUGCAUUGGCCAUGAAGCCCAUGCCCUACCAGCUCCUGGCAGAGCCCCGCUCCCCCUCUGGCACCUCUUAGGUUCUCAGCUGGAGGUGGGUUUCUGAUUUAAGUCAGAAAAGUUAUGUGAUUCAAAUUCAUUUAAUAAGCAAUUUAAAAAUUGUACCCUAAGCCAUGCUAUUAGUUCAAUUCUUUGUCUAUCAUCCUAAUAUAGAAAGUGUUUUUUAAAGUAUGUGAUAUAGCUUCAGUUCUAAUAUGAGAGAUCUGCCUAUAAGGAUAUUUUAAGAUAAUAAAGUGUGAUGUGAUUCAGGGAUUGUAACCCUAUGUCUCAUGUGGUGGGGUCCCAUGCGUCACAGUGAACAUGAAAGGAGGAGAAAGAUGUGUGGUGGAUUGAACAAGUAGGUAAGAAGGCUCUGUCUACCUUCCUUUACACCAACUUCAAAUGAACAGGUAUAUUAACAUUGGUUUUGAAGGUAGAGUUCAGAAUGAGAACAAGGUUCUGAUGUCAAAUAUUAUAUAUUUUCCAGUAGUCUGGGAAAUUGGUGCUCAAGAUUUCCAGAGAAGGGAGCAAGAGUGGCCUAGAAGAGCAGAGAACAUUUCAGUGGUAAUCGAUUUGCUGAGCUGGUUUUAGAGAAGCAGAGAAAAGGACAUGAGGGGGAAUGUCUUCAAAAUCCAUUUUUAUAUUGCCUCUUACAUUUUCUGUAUUAAGAAUUUAACAUCAAGGCAAAGUGGAGUUUUUAUAAUGCUACCAAUUGCUUUUGGCACCUAUUACAUGUGUAUUAGCCUGCUAGGGCUGCCAUAACAAAAUACUACAGUCUGGGUGGCUUGAACAACAGAAAUUUAUUUUCUCAAGAUCAGGGUGUCCGCAGGGUUGGUUUCUCUAAAGGCCUCUCUUCUUUUGUAGAUGGUUGUCUUCUUGUCAGGCCCUGACAUGGUCUUAUCUUUGUGUGCACAAACCCCUUGUGUCUCUCCUUUAUCUCAUAAGGACACCAGUCAUAUUAUAUCGAGCCUCAUCCUAUCGGCUUCAUUGUAAGUUAACUCUUCAAAGACCUAACCUUUAAUGAAAUACAAUUUUACUCCGAGGUACUGAGGGUUAGUACUUCAACAUGAAUUUUGGGCAUGGGAGAGGGGCACAAUGCAGCCCAGGAUGACAUGAAGAGAAAGAUUUCGAUUAUUUAAAAAUAUUUUCCAGUGUGGUACCCAGCAUUACGAGUGUGCUUCUUUACUUGAAUUUGUUAAUGAGCUAAGUCACAUAGGGAACAUAAAAUAGACAGUGAAAAACCACGUAUUUCAGAUUGAGGCUUUAAGAGGACUUGCAUUAACAGGACUUGGAAAUCAAGCUGGUGCAUGAAAGCAUAUUUGGGGUCCAAUUCAAAUGGGAGAGCAGUUAGGGAGGGGUGGCUCUACAUAAUGACCAUGGUGACCAGGCUGCAUCAAUGAAAGCAGAGAAGUUAAACAGUUUGGAUGCAUUUCUUUUCAAAUACAAAUAAACUCAGCAUUAUCCUUGGGAAUAAGUGAAUGGGAUUGCUUGACUUUGUGUGUGUGUGUGAAAACUUUUGGAAUUAUUAUGACCCUGACAGUAUGUUAAACAAAAACUAUGUUUGCCUUUUUUUCUGUAAGAAACUGCCAAAUCUUCUGUGUAUUCAACAACAAUGGAAAUGACUAGAACACUACAAGAAUCUUGGUUUCUGAUUAUCUGGUAUUUUCUUUUUUUUUAAUUUAUUUUUUAAUUGAUUAUGCCAUUACAGUUCUAUUCCCCUCUUCAUUCCCCUCCACCCUACCCCCCGUCCCCAUCAUUACCCCCCCUUUAGUUUAUGACCAUGUGUCUCAAGUUCUUUAGAUUCUAUAUUUCCCAUACUAUUCUUGCCCCCCAUCAAUUUUCUAUCUACUGUCUAUGCUACUUAUUUUCUGUACCUUCUCUCCCUUUCUCCUCCUCCCACUCCCCUAUUGCUAACCCUCCUUGAGAUCUUCAUUUCUAUGUUUCUGCUCCUGAUCUAGUUGUCCUUUUAGUUUGCUUUUGUUUUAGGUGUGGUUGUUAAUAACUGUGAGUGUGCUGUCCUUUCACUGUUCAUGUUUUUUAAAUUUCUUUUUCUUAGAUAAGUCCCUUUAACAUUUCAUAUAAUAAGGGCUUGGUGAUGAUGAACUCCUUGAAUUUGAUCUUAUCUAAAGAAUUGUACCUUUCUAACCUCUUCUUUUUUUUAACACUAAGCACACAUGAUUUGGUACUUCCAUUUUAACACACUGUAUUGUAAAAUGCUAAUCUUCAAUGUUACUAUGCUCUGAGGCAUAAUAACUGGGGAACUACUGGGCUUUUUGUACAGGUUAUGUUUGCCUUUUAUGUAUUUUUAGAAACAUGGACAAGAAUAAAAUAAGAAAAGUAUAAAAGCAAAA